UGGCAGAUUUGAUUCGUAGCGAUGCACCUGGUGCCAUUUCUUACAAAGAGAUCUGCGACUACACAGGAAAGGUCAUUGCGUUGGACACCUCCAUUGUUCUGAACCAGUUCCGCACUGCAGUACCAAAUCUUCGGUUACUGGGGUGAGCUGUCAUUUCUAACUUCUAAAUUGAGAAGCUUACCCAACCGUUGGCAUUGUUGACAGCACCUCAAAUGUGGCUUCUUCCUCCAUCGGCACUGAUCUAAAAUCACAGGAUAGGGGAAAGCAUAUGGCGAAUGUCUACCAGUUAUUUACUGUCAUCUGUCCAAUUCUUUCCAGCCAGUGCAGAUGAAUCCCUUGACAGGUUUGUUCUUUCGAACGCUAACCUUCCUGGAGCAUGACAUCAAACCAUUGUUUGUGUUCGAUGGGAAGCCUCCUGGAGAGAAAAGGGCUGUGUUGGAGAAGAGGGCACAGGUUGCAGGCUGGAGCUCCCCCAGUCAUUCAGGAGCAGUGUCCCCUCAGACACGGGACUGUCUCCACCUUCUGAAGCUUAUGGGUGUGCCCAUCAUCCAGGCUCCAGGAGAUGGCGAGGCACUAUGUGCCCACCUGGUGAAACAGGGCACAGUAGACGCGGUAGCAUCAGAAGACAUGGACACUUUGCCCUUUGGUGGAAACAUUCUGAUCCGCCAGCUCAAUGCCAAGAAAAACAGCGAAGUCAUUGAGUACUCUCUGCCCAAGCUGCUAGACAUUUUGAAGAUAACACAUGAAGAGUUUGUGGACCUGUGUAUCUUGUUGGGCUGUGACUACUGUGACAAAAUCACAGGCCUUGGACCUAAGAGAGCUCUGACUCUGAUCCAGCAGCACCGGAACAUAGAGAACGUGGUGCUGAACAUCAACAGAAAGACCCACCCUGUCCCACUGUUCUGGCAGUAUCAGGAUGCCCGCAAGCUGUUUUUGGAUGCCCCCCUGACCGAGCUCCCGAACCUGGUCUGGACUGAGCCAGAUGAGGAGGCCCUGGUCCACUUUCUGUGCCACGAGAAACACAUCAAGGAGCAAAGAGUACGAGGUCGAAUGCAGAAGUUCAGUGAGAAGCGUGAACGCCUGAGGAAGGAGAGGGAGGAGGACAAGGCAGCAGGACAGAGCCAACAAACUCGCAUGGAGGACUUCUUCCGUGUUACACGGAAAAGGCAACAGCCGUCUGAAACUGGGGAUUCCAUUGGCACCAAAGAAAAGAGAGCGAGGCCAAAGUGACACUGCCCUCCGACGGAGUCUGGUGGUACUGCAAAUGCAUCCUUACCAACCAGCUGUCUGACAGUUAAAAGGAUGUGCUUGUUCAUGAGGGUGUACCUGAGAAAGGAGCUGUGCAGAUCAACUGAUCUAUACAUUUCAUUAACUUCCUAACGAUUGAGCAUAAACCAAUUCUUAUUAUGUAAAGAUUUGUGACAGCAAGUACCUUGGGGUUGUGUUCAUUAGGCACCGCCUUGAAACAGGGGGCAGACUACCUGGGCAUAUCCAAUAAAUAAUGCUCAUAUUCGUUUUCCGUUUUAAAAACGUGCCCCUAAUGAACAUGAACAGGGCAACUCCUAGGGAGCAAGUAAACAGGAUGAGCAGAGGCGGAGACUCAUUGGCGAGAACAGUGCAACCACUGUCUGUGGGGCCCUGGCUUGCUUGUUCCCUCAUCCAAAACAGGAGCCGAUUGAUUUCUAUGGAGGAAGGUCAGAUGGGCUCAUGGCUUAUUUGGUGGACACCUGCUACCCUCAACAGUGCCAAAUUUGAGGCAAAUGACUUUCUUAUCUUGAUAAACAUGAUCAUGUCAAAGUAGAGACCAAAAUAUGAUAAUCUGAUAAAUAUGAUAAUUUACACAAGAUGUCAGUAUGAUGGUAUUUACUAUUAAACUUUUAUUCAUCAAUGUAA